AUGGCAUCCGCUGCUUUGCUCCAGUCAUGCUCGUCCCUUCGCACUCCUUUUCUCCUAAAAAACAGUCAGAAAUCUCUCAGCGCCGACAUAAGACCAAGGUUGAUACCUCGAGAAACCGUCAGGAGCAACCAUCCAGGGGAGUUGCUUGUUGAGGGCCUAGCUCGUGCAGAGAGGGAUUUACCGUGCAGAUUAGUCCGCGGAUCGCGCUCGUCCGUACGGUGCGCGGCUGCCGGCGAGGGCGAGAAGCCGAGCUCGUUCGCGAAGCAGUGGAGCCGCACGGGCGGCAGCAGCAGCAGCGAGAGCGCGAUUUCCGGCGCUGCGCGACGGAUUGCGGAGAAGGGCGGGCGGGGUGAGAGCAGGCCUUCGGGGGGGAAGAAUAAGCGGGGCGGCGGUAAGCCUGCGCGCGGGAGGGCAAGCGGGGACGCGCAGCAGGCGGGGGAGAACGGGGAUGGCGCAGGAGCGGAGGGGGAAGCGCGCGAGGGCGGCGGGAGCGGAAGGCGCGAGCGGCAGAAGCGCAGCCACGUCGUGCUGGAGCCCGCGGAAUUCCCGGAGCCAAUGAGUCGCGACCCGCACGUGGCGAUUCUGGGCGGCGGCAUGGCGGGGCUGAUGUGCGCGCUGGGGCUGGCGGAGCGCGGCAUCCGCAGCACCGUUUUUGAUACUGGCAAGCACGGGCUGGGCGGGCGGAUGGCCACUCGGGAGGUGGAAGUUGCUGGGAAGCUGCGCCUAUUUGACCACGCUGCACAGUUCUUCACCGUCACAGAUUCACGCUUCCAAUCAUACGUCGACAGGUGGCUGAAGGAAGGUGCCCUGCGGGUGUGGGAAGAGGGGCGCAUAGGCACGCUGCAGGCAGGGGGGGCAUUCUCGGAGCUCCCAACCCUUGGUGGUGGUGGCAGCAGUGGUGGUGGUGAAGAGGCGAGGAGGCUCAUCAGCCCCUGUGGCAUGAGGGCAUUCUGCGAGCACGUGAUUGCGGACAAGGUAAGGGAGGGCGUGGUGGGGGUGGAGCGGCCGGUGUGGAUAGGGAAGAUGAGGGCGAGGGGGGGCAAGUGGGUGCUGGAGGAAACAGGGCGCAAGGCAGGGGAGUUUGACUUCGUGGUCAUUGCACACAACGGAAAGUGCGCGAACCGUCUUCUCGCUCCCGCAGGCAUCCCAAAGAUUGCGAGACAGAUGAAGCGCCUCGAGCUGAGCUCCAUCUGGGCGUCGAUCAUCGCAUUCGAGAAGCCUCUGCUGGCCAAUGGCAGCGCGACACGUGGGCACUUCGAUGCCGCCUUCGUGGAGGGCGUGCCAGCUGUCGCGUGGAUGUGCAACAACACCGCCAAGCUGGGGGAUUUGGGGGGCGCAGGGAGAGGGGACGGCGGGGAGGGAUCGGGUGCGGUGCGGAGGGGUGAGGGCAUGGAGUGCUGGACGGUGUUCAGCAGUGCGGCGUAUGGCAAGCGCAACAAAGUGCCCCAGGAGAACAUCCCGCUAGCGAGGGCAGCGCGGGUGAAGGAGGAGAUGCUGGAGGGCGUGGCAGCGGCGCUAGGGCGACCCAAGGACUCGCUGCCUGCUGUGCUCUUCCACAAGAUCCAACUCUGGGGAGCGGCGCUGCCGCUGAACGCCCCGACAACAGCAGCAGGCGGCGGUGUGGAGUGCAUAAUGGACGCAUCUACUCGCGUGGGGCUGUGCGGCGACUGGCUGCUCGCCCCCUCCGUGCAGGCGGCUGCCAUCAGCGGGCUCGCCAUGGCUGAUAAGAUCGCAUCGUUCCACGAGGAUGCAGCGGCCAGCGAUCCAUCGCUCUUCUCGGUGGGCCUUGAUGCGUCCUUUGCAGCGGUGCCCGACACGCAUGACAUCGGCGCUUUCCCCGAUGCCACGCCUGCUGCUGCUGACUCGAAUGGCAGCACACAAGGUGUUGCGGCACAUGGGGUUCGAGUGGCUGCAUGA